AUGGAAAAUCAAGAUGAUAAUGCUACAAUUAUUCAAGAUGAAGAAGAUUUUCAGGAAGAUGAUGAAAUAAGAGAUGAUGAUACCGAUUCUGAUAUUCAAGAGAAAUUAAUAAUAUCGCGAUCUAUUAGGUCAAAACAAAAAGGAAUUUCUAAAUCAACUGUAUGUGAGCAUUUUGAUCUUAACAAUAAUCAUCCUACUUGA